GAACCAAUUCUGACUGACCAGGACUGACCCCAAGAAAAUUCACUGAAUAUAAGGCGCCCUCAUGAUAUACAUAUAUAUGCACGGGCCAAACGACAGUGAGUUUAGACUUCGCUAGUACUUCGCUGGUCCAGGAUUCCAUCGAUCACGCAUGUAUGUAAAUGAUGUUUCAAGUUAAGUUUACAAUUGAACCCACCCACUUCGCAAAUUUGGAUGGGGUACUGUCGUAUUUGCCUGAACGCGUCGGUUUGCGGUUCUUGGAGGCGGCACUGCAGAAAAGAAAGUAUAUUAUCUUCCGAAAGUUCAUCACCACAACUUCACCUGGGGGGCCCAGAUGUUAGUAAAUUCUCCUGGCUGCGCCCCCGUUCAAUCUAAUUCAAUUCUGUCGUCGGAUGAUUUGCAUCUUCACUGGGAAAAUCGGAGAAUGUUGAAUUUGACUAGUCAAUCCUUGCGAAACUUUGCGAAGCAGGCUCUUCAACGGAGUAGGGUGAAGUUGGUGUACCAACGAGUCACCCUAACCAGAUUCACCACUCUCUUCUUCUUCCUCGCACUCAUCAAUUGCAUCAUUCUCAUCAUCCUGCAAAGCAUCGCGUUCACCGAUAACGAAGCCGCGUCGGAAAUUAUCUCUGGGUUUUUGACACAGGCGAAUAUCACACAGACUCGCGUCGUCUUUAUAUCGGGCGAUGAGCUGUACGAGUGCAGUGACAUACCGCAGCGCGGGAAUAGUGGUUGUGCGGUGUUGGUCUCCGCCGACGCUGAUAACGCGAACGUUUCUAGCACCAAGCCUCACAAUUCUCGUCGACAAGCUCUCGAUGAGUCCGAGGUCUCAUUCUUAUCCGUCAACUUAACAAAGCGCCAUCACAAGGUACACGCAAAGACCGAGGUGGAUAUGAACGGCCAAAUCGAUGGUUUGCAGUUGGACAACGGACAAUCUCUGGAUCAGACGUGUUUACAGUCUUUGAUCUGGUUGAACGACGUCAUCCAUGAUUCGAUGGCUGAAGAUAUUGUCACGCUGACGUUCCAAGUUUGGCUAUUGCUACUAUCGUUCGUCACGAUCCUAAACGAAUCCCUCCCCCAUUUAGGUGCAGCCAUUGCAGGCCACGUCCUAGUAACCGCCUGGGCCGGGUACCGACUCAACAACACAUACAAGCUUCAAGCGCAUUACGAGACCCUCAUCGUCCAACAAGCGUGUAACGACGUGGAUUUUUUGGGAAGCUGGUGGAAUGUUAGAGCAGACCAUACGAUCCCUAUUUUGGUAUUCAAUGCUGUGGCUUUGGUACUUGCGACUUAUCUCGCUUCGAGGUUGUACAAGGUCUAUGCACAACAAUCCUUCAACCGCGUCGGAGCCUCCUCUCGAAUCCACAAUAUAUACCGGCUCGCACUCGUGUUAUCAGUCUGCGUUCAACUAGGUGGCUUCUUUGCCAUCGCCUCAACCGCGAUGUGGCUCGACAAGGCAUCUUCGGGAACGAUCAAAAGCGUCGCGCAGCAUUUGAGCCUAUACCGUGCAGUGUUUUCGACUAUGGGUGUUCUCGAGCUCCCCUGGGCAAUUUUGGGUUGGACAUAUGUUCGUCGCGAGGACCGUCGGCAGUUUAUUGUCUUUGCUGGCAUUUCGCUGUUAUUAUUAGCAAGCUCGAGUGGGAUAUUUGCUAGUCCUCUGUAUCAAUUCAUCUUCCAAACAUGGCCUUUCUUCGCAACAAUGACGAUCACUUCGUAUCUCUUGAUUGUCCUCACCUCAAUAUUGGGGGUCUGGUGUAGGACUCAGUUUGGGAAAGGAUUGUCCGAAUUUCUCAAGGAGGAAGAAACACCUGAAGGAGCAGAUUUUGCACCCGUGUACUACGCUCCGGAAAAGUUCAAACUUGAUUUGAACAGAGCCCAGAGCAGCUUUGACUCUGAGGAGAAAGAUCGCGAGCUUCCCGUUGAUUCCCUACCUUUCGCUCUCGCGGCUCAUCGCCAGCCUGUUCAAAAACCUCCCCGUGCAAGGUUCAGUUUCCACUCAAGGUACAAAACAUCUUCAGUAUAUUCCGACAUGAAUCGGGGGACUGUGAAGCUUUCUUCCACACCUCCCUUGUUUCGGGACACGCUUUCUUCAGUUCGGGACACUCUGUCUACUCUUUCGAGUUUCUCAAGUCUAUCCCCGAUAUCUGAGCGUUCUCCUCCUCCGAGUCUUCCGAGUGCGUCUCAAAAGUCCGACAAAUUUGUGCGCGAUUCUCGGGGAUCGGCGUCGCACUCCAACAUCGUCGCCGACCAAAAUGAACACACUGAACGCACAGGCGACCACCCGGAGUAUCACGGUUCCCCCAUCAGCAGGUCUCCGAGUGAUCGUGCAAGGGGUUUGCCUCGUAAUCCUAGACCAGUGAAGGAUUGAGCUUCUUCCUCGAGUCCGGAAAGCUCCAGUUCAAUGUGUGAUGUGUAAGCCAUGAUUUGAUCUCUGAUGUGUUGGCUUGAUACAAGCUAUUCAUCAAAGCAGCUUUUGGGGCCUGUGUGUUACUAGAUCUUGGCUGUAAAUUUUGGAUCUUCACUCGAGUACUGUAAGAUAGCUAUUUGGAAAUGGCCAUUGUCAGGCAAUUCAAAGUGGUUCAUUCAAAGUGGUUCGU